AUGUCCUACUUCGUGAAGCAGAUCUCGUUGCAGGACCUGGCAGGCGCCAGCAUGAUGCCCGACCGUCGCUUUUUCGGAAUCAUGGGCCGGGUCUCCAAAACCAAUGAAUGGCUUCGGCCCCAGCUUCUGGGCCGCGUCGUGAUCUUCAACGCUCCAAGCUGGGCGAAGCUCGCCUUUCGGAUCGCCUCCAACUUCAUUAGCCAGAAGACGCUCUCCAAAGUGUGGAUCCAUCGCCAGACGCCCAGUGGUGCUUUGUGCCCUUAUGGAGCGCGCCUGCUGAGGGUGGAGUCUCUUCCAACGAAUCUGGGCGGGCUUUGCACUUGCGAUGGGCGAGGGUGUGUGGGCGGUCGGCCCAACGCAUCGCUGGAGAAGCCCAUGCCAGAGGAGAUUCCGAGCUCCCUUUCGGAGCUCGUGGCCCUGCGACGGCUUCCCUGUGGUGACGACCUUCCUUUGGGAACCGCCGGAACCGGCCAUACGGCGCCGCAAGCGGUUGAGGCUCAGCCGUGCGAGCCAACGGCAGAGCCAUGGUGCCGAAGGUGUUGUAAGAGGCGAAGGCCCUCGGGGCCCUUGGCAGCAAGUGCAGAUCACGUGUGA